AUGUUACCCCGUUCUUCAUCAUUUACUUCAUCUUGUACUGAAUCUAUCACUGAAAAUCCAAAACCAACAGGAAGUUUUCGUCAUCACGAAUCAUUACAAAAUCUUCAACAAUCUCAAAGACAAAAUCGGCCUAUGCUUUCACGUCCAUUAAAUAUAAAAAAUAGUAAUCAAAAUCAUUUACCAACCAUAUCUCAAAAUGUAAAACGAACGACAACAAUGACAACUACUACUACAAUUCUUGUAUCAACAGAAAAUUUGCCGGUAAAUCCUCUAAAUAAUGAGAAAAAACACGAUCAACAAUUUGAUACAAUCAGGCGUACAAUCAUUCAAGACGAUAUUGAAAAUAUUCAAGAACGCUUAAAUGAUAUGCUUAUAUCUGUUCCAUUAAUAAAUGAUAAUGAAACAUUAUUAAUAGCAACGGAACAAACAUCAACAACGCAAUAUUUUACACCAAAAAUUUCGAUUGAUGAACAUGGAAAGAAAAAAUUUGAUGAUCAGGAUAGUCAGUUAGAUAACGACGAAAAUCAAAGUGAUGAUGAUGAUGAUGAUAUGCAUCCUAUGACUGCUGGAACAGAAUCAGCAGCACAUCCAUUUUUUGAUGUUCUAUCAACAACAUCGUAUGAAAAAGAAGUUGUCAAGUAUUUACUUAGUUUAGAAGAACGUUUUAUGAAUGAAAAUGAAAAAUUACGUUCGAUGAAACGUCUUCGUGAAUCAACAAAUAAUUUGAAACCAAUUCUACCUGUAUCAGUAUCGGGAAGUAACUCAACUGUUUUAAUUACGCCAAAAGUUCGAUGUAAACUUAUUGAUUGGAUCAUAUCUGUACAUGAUUAUCAUCGAUUAAAUGCAGCUAUUCUUUGCCGAACUAUUCAUUUGAUUGAUAGAAUCUUACUUUUGAAUGAUCAAAUGACAAAAUUAGAUUUACAACUUCGAGCGGUUAACUGCUUUACAAUUGCAUGUAAGCUUGAAUCACGUCGUGUACCUGAUACAAAUUCAUUGUUAUCUCUAUUUGAUGCUCGUCAUCACGUAACUCCCAUACUUUUAAAUCAUGGUGAAAAACAAUUAUUAACACAACUUGAUUUUGAACUUGAAUAUCCGUUGGCAAUACAUUUUCUUUGUUAUUAUCUUCGGUUUUUGCCUUUUCAUUUUAUUAUUUAUUCAUUAUCAAAAUAUAUGAUUGAAUGUGUUCUAUGCGAUGAUACCUUAUCGGAACAAAUGCCCGGUUCAUUAUUAGCUGCUACUGCAUUGCUCUUAGCAUUAAAAUUUACACGUCAAUCAGAUAAACCAGAAAUAGUUAAACGUUUCUAUAAACAUCAACCAUAUAAACAUGAUGAAUUAGAAAAACGAACUGAACAAAUUCUCAAGCUCAUGCAAAAUGUUCCAAGAUCUAUAUAUCAUACAAAUGUACGUGAAAAAUAUAAACGAAAUGAAUUUGAUCGUGUUGCUAAUUAUCAAUAUAAUAAUGAUCUCGUGGUACCUGUUUCAUAA